CUGGUCUUGUCUGCUUCAGCUCCAUCUCCCUCUUCCCCAGACCAGUUCCGGACUUUCUUUCCGUUUCUCCCCCUCCUCGCCUGGUUCUUGAUUCCAUACCUUCCACCUUUCCCCUUUCACAUCCUUCCAUCCAUUCAUCAUGAGGACGUCGACCUUGGUGGCCGCAACUGCCGGCACAAUCGUCACCGGCCUUCUGGCCUACGCCGUCUACUUUGAUCACAAGAGACAGACCGAUCCCGAGUUCCGCAAAGCUCUCAAGCGGAACAACCGCCGGAUGGAAAGGGCUGUCAAGGAGGAGGCUGAGGCUCACGGUGCCAUGCAGCGCGAGGUCAUCAAGAAGGUCGUGCAGCAGGCCAAGGAUGAGGGUUUCCCCACGGACCUUGAGGACAAGGAGUCUUACUUCAUGAGCCAAGUCGCUCAGGGAGAGGCUCUCACUGGCGAAGACCCGAUUGAAUCUGCUCUGUGCUUCUACAAGGCCCUGAAGGUCUAUCCCCAGCCCAAGGACCUCAUCUCGAUCUACGACAAGACGGUGCCCAAGGAAGUGCUGGAGAUCCUGGCCGAGAUGGUCGCUCUGGACGCUGGCUUGAAGCUGGGCUCGUUCACUGGCGAGGGUGCCCCCGCCGAGAGCCAUGGUGUUGAGUAAAUUCCAACAUGACUUGCAACCCCGGCCCAGCUCUCCCUCCUGCUUCGUUCACCCACCCGUACCCUUCCGCAUCAAAACCUUGGCCUUGAACGUGUGUCUCUUAUAAUAUCCGGUUCACGCUGGGCCGUGG